AUGUUUAAAUCUAUGAAGUACCAAGAUCCACAAGCACCAACACAGCCUCAACCACCUUCUCUUCCAAUCAAGUUCCUAACUCCGGAAGGUUGUAUAUCAUCAACUAAACUAAGACAAUUUUUACGUCUAUCGAGAGCAACCACUGAUGAUACAAUACGUCCUCAUUUAAAUGAAUUAAAUAAACAACAAUGUAAUGAAUAUUUCAACUCGGUUAUAGCACCUGCAUGGCAACAAAGACAACAAGUCAUAUCUUAUUGUCAAGAUUAUUCUCAACAAUUACGAAAUCAAACUCAAGAAGAUAAAGAAGAAAUAGCUGAUCCUUCAUUGACACCUCAAGAAUUGGCAGAAAAGUUUGAUUUAAGAACUGAUCCAUAUGCAUUCAAGACUCAUCAGAGGAAAUUGGAACAACAAUAUGCUCAAUGUGAUUUAUUGGAUAAUUGGACAAGAAAUGAACAAACAGUUGAAACUAUUAUAAGAGAACAAACUAUUGGGGUCCUAAAUGAUAAAUGUAGUUAUCAAGAUUGGAUGAAAAUGUUUAAAGAUAUUACUCGAAGUUUCUAA